AUGAAAUCCUUUCUUCCAUCGUCUUCGUCACCACGUAACGAAAAACAAAUAAAAGUUGAUGACGUCACGGGAGUACCAACGAGUGAAAUGAUUGAAUUAACGAUACAAAAUUUUGACUGGUUAGAAGAGGAUGAACAACCCGACGGUACGGGAAUGUGGAUAUUCGGUUAUGGAUCUCUCUGCUGGAAUCAGGGAUUUACGUACGAAAAAUCAAUGACCGGAUUCAUAAAAGGAUUUUCCAGGAAAUUUUGGCAGGGAAAUGCAACGCAUAGAGGAACGCAUAAAAAGCUUGGCAGAGUGGCAACACUGAUAGAGGAUGAUACGGGUACCGUGUGGGGUCAAGCUUUCCAAGUUAAAGAAAAAGAAGCUUUUUCGUAUUUGGACAACAGGGAGUGCAAACUCGGUGGGUACCUCACGACGAUAUCGACAUUUUACCCGAGACAAGAUGAUGAUAAAACAUCCGUCGUCAAACCGUUUCCGGUUAUUUUAUAUUUGGCAACGUCGUCGAAUCAAUAUUGGUUGGGUGAUUCUCCACUACCGGAAAUAGCAAAUCAAAUAGUCAAUUCGUCCGGUAAUUCCGGUCACAACGUCGAAUACCUUUUGAAAUUGGCCGAAUUCAUACGGGAAAACAUACCGGAAGCGAUAGACGAUCAUUUAUUCACUCUGGAAAAUUUAGUGAGAUCGAUAAUAGAAAGAGAAAAACUUUCGUUGGAUGAAUUAAUGGGAGGAAAAACCGUUAAAAAUAAAUUAAAAGAAGGCGGUGCCGUCGAUGAAUCGGAUGACGAUGGCAACGUCGGCAACGUCGACGACGGAAACGGUGAAAUGAUUGGAGAAAAUGCCGGAAACGGAAACGAAAGGACUGAAUCUUAUCAUUUCACAUCAAAUUUACCUAAGAAAAAUCUUCGAUGCGUUAAUAUUUGUUAA